AUGGGAGCGUGGGGUGGGGAAGGAACUUGGGGAUCCGGCGGUGGCGGGCACAGCUGGGGCUGCUCCGAGCGCCAUCCCGCCGGGCCUGGGGCGCUGCCCGCUGCUGAGGGGGACGCCUGGAGCGGCCCCCUGGAACAGAGGCUGGGCGGAGUUAAAGGAACAAACCUCCCUUCCCUGGGCUCCUUGCUGAAACCACACUUCCCAUCCUCAUACCUGCUGCCCCUCCUGCUCAACCAGGCUGGAUCCCUGCUCUUCUACCUCACCUUGGCCUCCACAGACCUGUCCCUGGCAGUGCCACUCUGCAACUCCCUGGCUUUGGUUGUGACCUUGGUGACUGGGAAGAUCCUGGGAGAGGACAUUGGAGGGAAAAGAGCUGUGGCAGGAAUGCUGCUCACCAUGCUGGGUGUGUCCCUGUGCCUGGCUGGGGCCUGAGGCAGCAGAGCAGCUCCAGGGCUCCUGCCCCGUGCCCGGGGGAGCUCCUGGCUCAGCCCCACCUGGGGAGGUGUUUUGGGAUGGCCAAAAUCCGUGGAUUGCACUCCCCGAGUGCCAGCACUGCAGGGACAGCCAGUUCUGUGCCUUAAAGGGGGUUUGGUGGCUCUUUGCAGAGCAGUGAGCAAAGUGUCCUGUCCAGCACUGCAGGGGAAAGAAAUGGUUAAUAAAUUAUCGGGUAAGAAAUGGUUAAUAAAUUAUCGGGCAAGAAAUGGUUAAUAAAUUAUCGGGUAAGAAAUGGUUAAUAAAUUAUCGGGCAAGAAAUGGUUAAUAAAUUAUCGGGUAAGAAAUGGUUAAUAAAUUAUCCAGUGGGACCUCCUGGCACUGAUGGAUUUU